AUGUCUCCUUCAGCCAGCGGGAACUCCUAUCACAACGACGAUGACUCGGGCCACCGUUCAAGACCGGCUUUGAUGCCGGGGCUUUACGUGCCAACGGUAGCAUUUUUUCGUUCCGACGACUCGGUAGAUGUUGAAACGACCACCUCCCAUGCCGUCCGUUUAGCCAAGGCGGGUGUUGCUGGCCUCGUCACCCACGGUUCCAACGGUGAAGCUGUGCAUCUUGAUCACGCCGAAAGACAGCUCAUCAACCAAACCACACGAGCAGCGCUUGACUCGGCCGGAAGAAGCAACCUUCCUCUACUGGUCGGCUGCGGUGCACAGUCAACAAGAGAGACCAUCCAGUUCUGCAAAGAAGCCGGGGCAUCAGGCGGUGACUACGCUUUGGUUCUUCCACCGGCAUACUACGGAGGCCUUCUCACUACCGAGCACAUACUUCAACACUUCAGAGACGUCGCAGACGCCAGCCCCAUCCCCAUUCUCAUCUACAACUACCCGGGCGCCUGUAGCGGUCUGGAUCUCAACUCAGAUACAAUCAUUGCCCUCUCAGAGCACCAUAAUAUUGUCGGCGUGAAGCUGACCUGCGGUAAUACGGGAAAGUUGGCGCGGAUAGCCGCUGCGACAGCUCCAAAGAAAGGAGAUACGGGCGCCCCGUUCCGUACGUUUGGCGGCAGUGUCGAUUUCACCCUCCAAAUGCUGGUCGUUGGGGGCCAUGGCAUCAUUGGGGGAACUGGCAACAUCGCACCUCUAGCUUGUAUGAAGGUCAUGGACCUAUGGAACGAGGGGAAACUAAUAGAGGCAAGGGAGCUUCAAGCCGUCGUUGCUCGUGGUGACUGGACAGCGAUCCAGGGUGGGUUCGUUUCGGUCAAGGCAGCCCUCCAAGAGUACUAUAACUACGGAGGUCUUCCAAGGAAGCCCUGUGCUUUGCUAGAGGGGGAGAGACUCGCCAAGCAGCUUGAUGAAUUCGCUGAACUGGUAGCUGUUGAGGCAGCCUUGCAAAAAUGA